AGUUAAAAAAACAAAAAAAAUCCUCAAGAAAUUCAAAAAUUUAAUUAAUAUGAUAAAAAAUUAUAUAUAUAUAAGAACCAAAUCCAAUGUUAAAAUCCUAAUUUGAUCUCUCUUCAAUCAUCUCUCUCUCGACCAAACCAACCAAAGAAUUUAACAAUUCCUCAACAAAUCUUCCCGUUUAGAUCAGAAACAGAGACUAAUCUCCGGUCACCGACCGAGAAUUUAACAUGGUUGAAACCAGACGUAGCUCUUCUUCCGGCAAGCGACCGCUCCCUUCCCCCUCGCCGUCUUCUUCUUCGUCUAAAAGAUCUAAGGGGGCUGUGUCUGCUGUUGCAACGGCGGCGGCGGCUGUUACGGAGGCAUCAUCGUCGACGAAUGAUGAAACGGUGGACGUUCCGAUCGAGACUUUGAGUCCGGUUAAAGAAUCGGAGGAGCUACCUAGAGAACCCGACUUGGAAUCGGCUGAUCCGGAUUUAGUAGUGGGUGCAAAACCGGGUCUUGGUGGUGAUUCGGACAAAUCUCCGGAUGCUGAUGGGGAGGGUUUAGUGUCACCAUUGCCUUUGGGUGAAACUGCUGCUAUGAAUUGUGAGAUAUCGAAGGUUCUUGGUGCUGCUCUGACUCGGGCAAAGAAGCGAUCGACGAAAGCCGCCCCCUUGAAAUCUGCUGUAGUGAAGUCUGUUAGACCGAGUGAAAAGGUUGCAUGGGGCAAGCUGCUUUCAGAGUGCUCCCUGUACCCUCACAAGGAAAUGCGCGGUACUCCUUUCAUUGUUGGUCAAAGCCGUAAUUGUGAUUUAGUUCUUAAUGAUUCAUCUAUCAGUGGCACUUUAUGUAAACUGAAACAAAUAGAGAAUGGAGGUACACCAGCUGCCUUGUUGGAAGUAACAGGGGGUAAGGGAGCAGUCCAAGUAAAUGGCAAACUAUUACCGAAACAGUGUAUAAAAGUUAUAUAUGGAGGCGAUGAAUUGAUUUUCAGCUCUUCUGGGAAACAUGCUUAUAUAUUUCAGCAACUUACAGAUAAUAGCUUAAGCGCUCCAGGUAUACCUUCAGUAAAUAUCUUAGAAGCCCGAGGUGCUCCACUAAAAGGGAUUCAUAUUGAGGCACGAUCCAGGGAUCCAUCAGCUUUUGCAGGGGCAACAAUACUAGCCUCAUUGUCAGAUGAUUGUCAAAAGGAUUUAUCACUACUAUCUCCCUCUGGCAAAGCAGGUGAGGAUAUGCAGCAGAGCACAGAGAUUUCUACUGUACCUUCUGGAUGUGGAGCAACUGAUGAUUGCAUUCCAGAAGUUGACAUGAAGGAUAGCACAGAUAAUAGUGAAUUGGCUGGCACUCCUUCAAGAGGAAAAACUGUUGUUCCAGCUUCUAUUGCUGGUCAAAAACCAAAAUUUGGUACUCUCGGAUUGGAUGCUUCGACAGGCGUAGCAAGCAGAAAGAUUGCUGGAUCGGCCUAUGAACUAAGGCCACUUUUUCAGAUACUUGCGGGUUCUUCUGAAUUGGAUCUAACUGGUAGCAUAUCCAAAAUACUUGAUGAGCAACGGGAAAUAAUAGAACUUCUCAAGGAUCUAGAUCCUCCGACAAUACUGAUGUCUACCAGACGACAGGCAUAUAAAGAUAGUUUACUACAGGGACUUAUAAAUCCUGAGAGCAUUGAUGUUUCAUUUGACCAAUUCCCAUACUUCUUAAGUGAUACAACAAAGAAGCUUUUGACUGGUGCUGCAUUUGUUCAUUUGAAGUGUGAUAAAAAAGUUCCAAAGUUAUCUUCUGAUCUUCCUACCCUUUCCCCACGGAUAUUAUUGUCCGGCCCUGCAGGGUCAGAAAUAUAUCAGGAGACUCUGGUUAAGGCACUUGCCAAAGACAAUAGUGUUAGGCUGCUAAUCAUUGAUUCACUUCUUUUGCCCGGUGGAUCAUUGCCAAAAGAAACCGAGGCUGUGAAAGAAAGUUCGAAGCCUGAAAGAGCAUCCCUUUUUGCUAAAAGAGCUGUGCAGGCAGCUUUUCAUCAUAAAAAACCAACAUCCAGCGUUGAGGCUGAUAUUACUGGUGGUUCAACCUUAAGCUUCGGUUUGCCAAAGCCAGAGACUUCUACUGCAUCGUCCAAAAACUAUACAUUCAGAGAAGGUGAUAGAGUAAAGUUCACUGGAUUACCUUCUUUGCACAAUCCUUUAAGGGGGCCUUCCACUGGUUUUCGAGGCAAGGUAGUCCUUCCUUUUGAAGAAAAUAGAGCCUCAAAGAUUGGGGUUAGAUUUGAUAGGUCUAUCCCAGAUGGCAAUGACCUUGGUGGCCUCUGUGAAGAAGACCAUGGUUUUUUUUGUUCUGCUAAUACACUACGCUUGGAUGGUCCUGGAGGUGAAGAUGUCGACAAGCUUGCUGUCAAUGAACUCUUUGAGGUUGCCUUAAAUGAAAGUAAAAGUAGGCCUUUGAUAUUGUUUGUGAAAGACAUAGAAAAAUCUAUGGUGGGGAAUCAAGAUGCAUAUUCUGCAUUGAAGAGUAAGCUUGACAAUUUACCUGACAGAAUUAUUGUGAUUGGUUCACAUACACAAAUGGACAAUCGAAAGGAGAAGUCCCAGCCUGGUGGUUUUCUAUUUACAAAGUUUGGGAGCAACCAUACUGCUUUACUUGAUCUUGCAUUUCCGGAUAACUUGAGUAGACUUCACGAUAGGAGCAAGGAAACUCCCAAAAUUAUGAAGCAGCUUUCUCGGCUUUUUCCUAACAAAGUGACGAUACAGCUACCUCAGGAUGAAGCUUUGCUAUUGGACUGGAAGCAGCAGUUGGAGCGUGAUAUUGAAACCCUGAAAGAACAGGCCAACAUUGUUAGCAUUCGUUCGGUUCUCAGCAAAGUUGGUUUGAAUUGCCCUGAUCUCGACACUCUCUGUAUAAAAGAUCAAGCCCUUACAGCUGAAAGUGUAGAGAAAAUCGUAGGCUGGGCUUUAAGUCACCAUUUUAUGCAUUGUUCUGAAGUUUCCAUCAAGGACGCUAAACUUGCGAUAUCCACCGACAGCAUUAAGUACGGGUUGAGCAUUCUUCAAGGUUUACAAAGUGAGAACAAGAGUUUGAAGAAAUCAUUGAAGGAUGUGGUCACUGAGAAUGAAUUUGAGAAGAAACUCUUGGCCGAUGUUAUUCCUCCAACUGACAUUGGAGUGACAUUUGAUGACAUUGGAGCUUUGGAAAAUGUGAAAGACACCUUAAAGGAACUAGUGAUGCUCCCUUUACAGAGGCCUGAACUAUUCUGCAAAGGACAGCUGACUAAGCCUUGCAAGGGAAUAUUGCUUUUUGGUCCUCCUGGUACUGGGAAAACUAUGCUUGCUAAGGCUGUUGCAACGGAAGCGGGUGCAAACUUUAUCAACAUAUCUAUGUCUAGUAUUACUUCAAAGUGGUUUGGUGAAGGCGAGAAGUAUGUUAAAGCAGUUUUCUCCUUAGCCAGUAAAAUAGCUCCCAGUGUUAUUUUUGUUGAUGAGGUGGAUAGCAUGCUGGGAAGACGUGAAAAUCCAGGAGAACAUGAGGCUAUGCGUAAAAUGAAGAACGAGUUCAUGGUGAACUGGGAUGGUUUGCGCACAAAGGAUAAAGAACGAGUAUUAGUACUAGCUGCCACAAAUAGGCCUUUUGACUUAGAUGAGGCUGUCAUUAGGAGGCUUCCACGAAGAUUGAUGGUCAAUUUGCCAGACGCACCUAAUAGAGAGAAAAUUCUUAGGGUUAUCUUGGCGAAAGAGGAAUUGGCACCUGAUUUUGGUUUGGAAGAAGUUGCUAAUAUGACAGAUGGUUAUUCUGGGAGUGAUCUAAAGAAUCUGUGUGUGACUGCAGCACAUUGUCCCAUCAGAGAGAUACUGGAUAAAGAAAAGAAGGAGAAAAGUUUGGCUUUGGCUGAGAACAGAUUGCCACCUACAUUGUAUAGCAGUUCCGACGUUCGCCCUCUCAAGAUGGUGGAUUUUAAAUCUGCGCAUGAGCAGGUGUGUGCGAGUGUGUCAUCAGAGUCGAACAAUAUGAAUGAGCUCCUCCAGUGGAAUGAACUGUAUGGAGAAGGCGGAUCAAGAAAGAAGAAAUCACUGAGCUACUUCAUGUAGAGAAAUAAUGGCUUGUGUUGUGUAUAGCAAUCCAUGAGAGGGUUUUUAAAAGUUUAUUAUUCUUCAUCACCUCUGCAGGUGAAUAUAGAAUAGAGGCCUCCGAUUAUGGGAUUCGCCAUUGUAUCAUACAUAGGUUUUUCUUUUUUGACGCCAUUCUCUUUUCUGUCGACUAAGUUAUAAUCUGGCCAAUGCCGCUCCCCUUCCCCUCACCCGCUCUCUCUUACUUUCUCGUAAUUUCAUCUGUCUUAUGUAUCAGCCUGCUUGUACAUGCUAAUUUUGAUCAAUCAAAUAAGCAGCAUUCUUACUCUA